AUUAAUUUAACUUUAAUUCAAUUUUUUUCAACUUUAAUUUUUAAACUUUUAAAAAUUAUAAUUUUAAACUUCAAAAGAAAAUUUAAUAAAUUAAUUUAUAAAAUUUAAAAUUUUUUUUAAUUUUUUCAAUGUAAAAAAAAUAUUUUUUUUAAACUAAGAUUUUAAAUCUAAAAAUACUUUCUAGUACUUUUAUUACGUUACGACUUAUUUCAAGUUUAAUGAAAUAAACAGGCAAUUUGUACACUUUUUAAAACUAUCUUUAAUUAAAGUAAUUUUAGUUGGUACUUACAAAAUAGAAGGAAUAUGCCAUUGGGACAUUGAAAGGGCGUUCGCGAUACAAAGCAAUACGCCACUAGUAGAGAUCAAAUUUAUUAAAUAAAAUAAAGCGGUGCGAACCGAUGUGACCGGAAACUUUAAUUCAAACGACUAAAUGGCACUGAAGCAACGUGAUCAGGCAAAUUAUCGCGAACGAUAGGAUGGCGCCGAAGCGACAUGACCGAAGAACAUCAAGCGUGGCGAAAAUCCAGAUAUUGCUCUAACGGAAUCUAAUUUACAAUUAAUUUACUAAUUUACUAAUUUACAAUAGCAAUUUAGAGGGUCAGAUAAUGGUAUUGCAAUAAGGAAAACAGGAUCAGCAACAAACGCUGGAAAACGCAGUAGAAAAAGUCAUAUAACGAUCGGGCAAACUUAAUAUGACAUACGCGGAGCGCGUGGGCAUGCGUUCCGGGAUUGCGGUGCUCACAAACACGAAACAAGACCCACCGAAAUCCAUAAUACAAUAUCCAAAAUACAAUAAUCCCAUCCGAUGCAGGAAUCACUUCGAGAAAACAAAGGAAACCGUUUUAAAGAUCGUCUCGCCCAUAGUGGAAAAACUUAAAGUUAAGCAUAUAAAAAAAAUUAGCGGCAACGGAAUCCUCGUAGAAACGGCAGAUCAAAAGGACCUUACGACCCUCCUCAAGUAUCGAAAACUGAGAGAGGCUGGUUUCGUGAUUAAUGUCCCAGCGAAAAAAUGUCUACGAGUAAUAUGUGAUGUCUCCAGAGCUAAUAACGACGAGGAGAUAAUGAAAGCUCUUAUAGAACAGAACUUAAACACAAACAUGAAAGAAAUGUUACGCCGACAAGUAAGAGUACAGGAUUAUCUAAUGGCGAAGAGAUGCUACAAGUGCCACAACUUUGGACAUACAGCUAAGUAUUGCCGGAACGACAAGGAGAUAUGUGGUCACUGCAGAGAGGAAGGCCAUGCCUCAAAAAUUGUCCUAACGAAAACAAAAAUCCAGUUUGCCAUAAUUGCAAGAGAAGCGGAAAAACAUCAUCACACGCCAUUAUGGAUAAGGCCUAUCUCUCUUAUUAAAGCCACACGGCGGCUUUGAAUCAGAUCCUACUACGAACGAACUAUGAUCAGUAAGACCUAUAAUGAUGUAUACGAACUACGUUUGGCCCAACUCAACAUGCGGAGAGCGCAAUGUAUCACCCUCGAGAUUGCGCGGAUCAUGGACGAUGAAUGCAUCGAUAUCCUGCUCAUGCAAGAACCAUAUAACCCGAGAGGGAAAUUCAUCGAAUUCGGGCGGCGUGUGCUCGUGAUCUCCAGAGGCAUUUAUUUUCAAUGCUCUGAUAGCAUCGAACCAUACAUCCGAAAAAUAGAAGAGAUCACAUCCAUCCUUCCCGGAGAGAAAUUAAUCAUUUCGGCCGAUGUAAACGCAAGAUCACCUCUACGGCUCUGUCAUUAUGCGGAUACCCGUGGCGAGGAAAUCGAGCUUGCCCUGGCGAGUCGGGAUCACCCCCCACUUCUGCACUCGGGCGCCUCGACCAUUGAUAUAUAACUCUUGCUUUCCGAGGUGUUUUGAAAUUCGUCAGGAAGUGGUCUGUCGUGGAAGAAUGGAUAAGCGACCAUAAUGUGAUAUUGACAAGUAUGGCAGCGCAGCAAGGCCAGCAAUACCAACUGACACUCCCCAAAUAUAACAUAAAAACGGCAGACUGGGGAAAAUUCCGGAGGCGUAUCGCGGAGUUGCGGAGCAGGGGAUGCCUAAAUGCCGAGAUUCUUUUGGCUGAGAGAGUUUUCUCUGCUGUAAUUGCCCUGCGGGAUACCACCAUCGAAGCGUGCCAUCAUGUGAUGAAACCGAAAAAGGCGCAUGUAAAAUCAGUUUCAUGGUGGACGGAAUCCUUGACCAAGAAGAGGAUGUAUGCGACAAGAAAGGCGUUUCAGAUGGAGCGUGCUCCCGAACUUAGGGAGAAAAGAAGAACCGUGUAUUUGAACCUCCGGCGAGAAUACAAAACGGAAAUUGGAAAAGCCAGACGAGAGAUUCGUCACCAUAGAAGGAAAUUGCGAACCAUGGGGCGUGAUUUACAAACUUUGUAGCAGGAAGUUUGCGGCAGAGACCGUAGUUGCAACGCCGAAGGAAUGCUAUGUAGGUGAAAAAGAAAGACCAAAGUGGGAGGAGUAUUAUUGGACUCCCUCAUUCCGAACGAUACGCAGGAUAUCAUGACUGCGCAAAUAAUGAAACAUCGAUGGCGGUUGAACCACCGAUGACGGAUGAUGCGCCGUCUUUCGAUAAGGAGGAAGUCCGGCGUGCAAUAAACAGUAUGAAGAAUGGUAAAGCGCCAGGUCCCGAUAGAAUCGAAGUCGAAAUUCUUAAGGCCUUUCACGCCAUCAUUUGCAAAGAGCUGCAAGAUCUCUUUAAUGCCUGUCUGCGCUAUGAUACCUUCUCCGAGACCUGGAAAGAAAACUCGAUCCAUGCUCUACUAAAAGAUCCCGACGGAGACGCAUCGGAUCCAGUCUCGUACCGCCCGAUCUGUCUCCUUUCAGUGAUUGGAAAGUGUCUGGAGAAAUUGCUGGCAGAAAGACUCAGACCGUUGUUUUCGGACAGUUGAUACGCGGCCACGAAUCAAUACGGAUUUCGAAGGGGAAGAUGGACGACAGACGUAAUCCUAGAAAUGAGGAGAAUGAUAAAGGACUAGUAUGUCCCCGCCAUCUUCUUUGACAUUAAGCGAGCGUUUGAUCAUGUGUGGUGGUCGAGCAUAUUGUACCGCAUGCGAGAGAGAGGCUGUCCGAGGAUCCUAUUCCUUCUUAUUACUUGCGAGGACAUACGGUAGAUCUUGUCGGUAAACACGGAGCCGUUACGAAGAACGCCACAAGGGGAUGCUCGCAAGGAUCCAUACUCCUGGACCCAAGUCUCUAGUUUUCGACGAUCUGCUUCACACUCUCGGACGGAGGGGCGUGCGUGCGGUCGCAUAUACGGACGAUCUCUUGAUAAUAAUUUCCGGAAAUAGUCGCGUCCAAAUCGAAACAGCGGGACAGACCGCCAUUGGAAUAAUUGAGAAAUGAUGUGGAAAGGAGAAACUUUUACUCUCUCGGCGCAGAAGACCGAAAUGAUUUUGUUAAAGGGUACGCUGGAUUCUAGAAGACCACUAAGACUCUAAAGUUGCAAGGUAAGAAUGAAGACGAGCUUCACAUACCUGGGCGUACAUCUAGAUACGAGCCUACGAAUAAUGACACACGUGCGAAGAAUCAAAGCAAGAAGUACUGAAAAAUUCGUUCUUGCAGCGAUAGCGAAAAGAGAUUGGGACUUGGACCACGCAUGUAUGUCAACGCUGUACAAUUGGUAUAUUUAUACCAAUAGCAACGUAUGCAGCGGCGACAUGAUGCGACAGACUUAAUAAAUCAGGAUUGCGCAUCCUAGGCCAAGUCCAGCGCCUAGUCCUCGCUAAAGUAACGAAAUCAUACCGCACAGCAUUGGCGGAUGCUCUGCCGAUAGUGGCGGGUGUCCCGCCUAUAAAUCUAAAAAAUCAAGGAAAUGGAAAUCAAAUACUAACUAGUUAAAAAAGAGAAAAAAACGGAUAAUCUUUUUUUUUUCUCAAAACUAACACUCUCGAAAGUUAACAUAAUUUAACAAUAAAUAUUAUUGAAAAAUUGAAUAUUUUAAAAAUUUAGAAUACACGUUAGAAUAUACGUAUAAAUAUAUAAACAAAUUUAAUACAUAAUUUUAAAAGAUUGCUACGAAUAAUGCGAAAUAACUUGCGUAACUUUAAUGAUUAUAACCUAUACGAAAGUUGAAAAUUUGAUAGGAGAAAUAAAUAAAAAAAGAAAAUGAAUGGUUUGAAAUAAUAAAUAUUUUAAUAAAUGCUUUAUGUUAAAGUGUUUUAGUUUUCUUUAGUUUUCUUUAUUUGUUUAAUUUGAGUGUAAAUAAUUUAACUGUUUUUCUGUGGAAUGUUUUUACCAAUUAUAAAAUCAACAAUUGUUUAUACAA